AUGUGGCGCUUGCCGAGAAAAGCAUACUUUCAACUCUUCGGCUUCCGCCUUGUAUCUACACCCACUACAGAUAAGCCGCAGUGGGAGAAGUACGAACAACAACAACAACAACAGACUGCGCACCCUAUAAUCUUCAAUGUUCCUGCAUUAUCUCGCGUGGUCGGUCGUGAUGUGGAAAUCCUUUCGCUGUGGCAAAACUUACUGGCAGGUCGUCGCUUUCAAGCCAUUACAGGACCAGAUGGAAUUGGCAAAUCAACAAUAGCAGCGGAAUUCUGCGAUCGUGCUAGACGCAGCGAGCGGUUUACAUGUAUUCACUGGUUUAACGCUAAAGAUGAUCUACAGUCAACUCUGUUGCAGUUUUUUCAAUCCAUGAAAGGUAGGAAGGAAAAGGAUGUCUUGUUAGUAAUUGACGGUGUACAGGAUCCACAAGAGGUGCUUCGUCUCAUACCUGAGCACACAAACGUUUAUACACUCCUUACUACUGUUUCUGAAGUUGAUAGCUCUAAUAAAAUUGGAGUACUUAAAGUUUUACCACUAUCACCUAGUGCUGUGCUAGAGUUUCCACAUGUAUUAGAAGUAGAGGAUGAAUCCUCCCCUGCACGCGAAGUUAUGCAUGCUGUUGGUUAUGUUCCACUCCUUAUGCACAUGGUUUGUUGCCUUAUGGAGAGUGAGACUGUAACACCGAUGAAACUAAAAGAAGAACUUCAUGCUAAAGGUUUUACUGGAGAAGGUAUCUUGAGUAUUUCUUCUUUACUUGAUGUACUUUUAAAUAUUGCGCUUGCAGCACUUGAGCAGGAUUGUCCAGGUGGAAAGGAAUACUUAGCAAAACUUGCUUUAUUUAAUAUUGACAACAUAUCAUACACUCUUGUGGAUUGCCUUCUUGGUGAAGGCGAAGGAGAGGUAUUUGCUGUACAAGCAGCAGGAUUAGGCAUUUGUGAACAGCGAUGGGAUGAGGCAUCACUACGUAUUCAUCCCUCUAUUGCGAAAAUACUCCGCAGUAAAGCCGAUAGUGCGUCUGUGGAAGAGAGUGCAAAGGUAUUACAUUCACUGUGGCCUCGACGCUGGCGUGGUACCGGCAGUAGCAUUGCAAACGAGUUGGUUCUCCACACACGUGCCAUAUGCGAAACUGUAGAUAAACUUCAACUGAAGUAUAGUGAUGAUCUGCUGCAAUGUCUUGAUCGCAGUGCAACCUUUCUUGCGCUUAAUGAAGGCAAGGAGCUUGUAACAGCUGCAGAGUUGUGGUUGCGUGUGGUACGAUCUAAUCAAGAGAAUGGGAAAAAAGAUGCUGAGACUGUACGGCAUGCCAGAGAAUGCGGACGCUUGCUGCACUUUCUCCGGGAUGAUAGAGCUGGUAAAGUAUUACAGUAUGCUUUUAACUUGGCAUGUGCGGUACACGGUGAACAAUCUAUAGAGCGGGCCCUUAUUCUUGGCUGUUACGCACCGUACAUGCACGCCACUGAAGAUGCUGUGUGUCUGUUAAGGGAUGCUGCCGCUUUAUUAGAGAACCGUGUUUCUUCUGUUGAGUCUGUGCUUGGAAAGGAGGAGGAACGCAUGUUGUCUGAGAGUGUCUUUGUGCUGCUUCUGCGAGAAGGACAGAUGCUGCAGGAGUUGGGCAAAGCGGUGCCGGAGGUACUCUGGACGAUGCUGCAACAGCAAGAGGAACGCAUUAAGAAGGGUCGGCAGCUAACACCAUCAAGAAAAUGA